AUGUCGUCGCGCAAGAGAAAGGCUGGAGACGAGGAGGAGGAGCUCGUCAGCUUGCCAUCCGGCGAUGAGGAAUCCGAAGAAGAGUAUGUUAGCGACGAGGAGGAUGAGGAUGAUUAUGAAGACGAUGAGGAGCAGGAAGAGGACGAGGAGGCCCCAGCUGAUGACAAAGCCCCUCCUGCGAAGAAAGCCAAGACCGCCCCGGCCGAGGAGCAGGAGGAACCCGAAGAGGAAGGUGAGGAAGACCAGGAAGAACCCGAAGAGGAGUUCGACGAGGACGCCGGCGGCGCCGAAGAUGACGACGACGCCGAAGUGGUUGGUAAUGGAACCGAGAAGGCCACGGCCAAGGCCACCGACGCCCCUGAGGUCGUCGAGGACGAGGAAGAGGAGGUGGCCGCAGGUGAGGAUGACGAGGAAUAA